AUGUCCGUGGUAAAGUCGGCACAUUUGGCCGUGAUCACAGUAUUCUUGCUGGUGGAUACAUGUUAUUCAGCGCCACCCGCUUUCAAAUUGUGCGGCAGACAACUUGUGGAGACCAUGGAAGGUCUAUGCAAGGAGUACAAUAGCCCUCCUUGGGACGUACCUACAGUAAUUGAACAACCUACAGGCGCAGUCAGACGGAAAAGGCAAAUGGGUAUAGCGGAUCGAUGUUGCGUCUCGUCUUGUCGGGCAACUGAGCUUCUACAAUACUGCUCCGUAAUAAAAUUAGAGUCACCACUGGAGCUGACGGAUGAGCACUUGAUCGAGGAUCGCUCCGCUGAGGCUUCGAGUGGCGUGCCAGCAGCCGUGGUAGCGAAGGAGUCAUCAGAGCGGCGCUCGGUACGAGGUCGCAGUCGCGGGUACGCAAAGCGAGGCCGCUGUUCGUGUCGGCGCAAACGCGCGGGCCGACGACGUUCCUUGCUCAUGGGUAACAUGAAACUCGAAAGGAAUGCCGCGCGCGCUGCUCCCGUGGUAGGCACCGUCUCGCCCCUACUGACUUGGGGAAGAACUUUAAACACUGAUUUACCGUCAGCAGAAAGAGACCGCUAUGCAUAUAUUGCGGUGUAUUCGUAA